GAUAUGGCAAGGGGGACGAAGGUAUAGGCGGUGCCAUAGACUUACUGGUACAAUACGGCGGGCCUUAAAGCCCUCUAACACUCCGCAGUUAUCUGCUUCGACUGCCCAGUUCGUGUGCGUGUCUUCUCAUCUUCCAGAGAGCUCAAAAUGGCGGAGGCGAACAGAGCCGAACAAAUCAUCACAAGCGAGAAGGAAGAUCCGAAUACUUAUUUUUUGAAGUCAGGCGCGCUUGCCGAUAUCCUGGAGGACAUUGAAGUUGCCAACCUUCCGGUAGUGCUAUUAUCCAUUGCUGGAGGUUUUCGGAAAGGAAAGUCAUUCCUUCUUGGGUACAUCAUCAGAUACCUGGAGUUCAUUGAAACAAAUCCAGAUGUCGGAGAAGACUGGGUCGGUGACCUUGAUGCGCCACUGGGCGGUUUCUCCUGGAGGUACGGAGCUGAGAAGGAGACUACAGGAAUGUUGAUGUGGAGCAAAGUCUACAAGAUCAAAACAACGAAAUACGGUACCGUGGCUGUGGUACUGCUGGAUACGGAGGGAUCGUUCGACCACACGUCUACAACAGGAGGCAACACAACCAUCUUCUCGCUUAGCGUACUCGUGAGCUCGGUCCAGGUCUACAACUUGAUGAAGAUGAUUGACCAAAGUGACAUGCAGCAUUUGCAGCUUUUUGCAGAGUACGCAUCCAUGGCUGUCCGUGAGAGUGGAUCGCAGGGACAUCGUCAAUUCCAGAAGCUUGUUAUACUGGUCCGUGAUUGGAGUUAUCCCGACGACAAGCCAUACGGUCUGGAAGGUGGAAGUCAGGUGCUUCAGAAAUGGGUGAAUCCCGCAGGAACGCGUAAUGAUAAAGUGCGAGAUAUGCGCAAGCGCAUUCUCUCCAGCUUUGAAAGGAUCGACUGCUACUUGAUGCCUGAUCCCGGUACUGCGGUCAGUCGGAAGAGUUACGAUGGCAAAUAUUCUGUUCUCUCAGACGACUUCAAACUGCAUCUCGGACAGCUCGUAAGGUUCCUUGUGUCUCCGGAAAAGUUGGUGCCGAAAACCAUAAACGGUGCUCUCAUCAAAUGCCAUGAGUUCGUUCGUAUAUUUCAGAUCUACUUCGCCGUUUUUGAAGAAGGGAAGCUGCAAGAACCCCAGUCUCUGUUCAAUGCCACAGCAUACCUCUAUAACAAAAAAAUAUUGGACGAACUCAUUGAUAUGUACAAAACAGAGAUGCAAGAGGCCCUUUCAACCUGCAGUCUGAAGGAGAUUAAAGAAAAGCACGAGAACAUGAGAUCUAAGUGUCUGGAUAAACUAGGAGCAAGCCGUAUCAUGGGCGGGAACAUUCAAGAAUUACGGCAACAUCUUGCAAAGGAAAUUGAUCUUGGCUAUAAGACUGUAAGCGAAAUCGCUAAAGUAACACAGGCUGUGAGGAAUAGCACCAAGGAGGACCUGGAAGCAAUGCAGAAGGAGCUGAGCGGGCUUAGUGAAAAGUACCUGCAACAGGCCAAAAAGCAUCAACAGGAACUGUUAGCACUGUCUGGUUUGCAACGUGACAUGCCACUUUCACCGUACAGCCGCAUUGCUGCCUCGUCUCGCCUACACAGCUACAGAUUAUGGGCGCAGGUCCGGAAAGACCUCGUUCAGAACCACGGAGGAGAAGUAAAGCAGACCGAUCUCCCCAGCAAACACACAUGA